AGGAAGUGAAGAUACUAACAGCGCAGUUAUGGAAGUGACAGGUCUCAAGUAAUAUACGCGUUUCUCUUGCAUUUUGCCUUCCUGGUUGAUACAACACGUUCGCACAGAUGGUGAAUGUAUAGGGAAGACAUGGAGCGCUGAGGGCAGCCAUGGUGCUUAUCAAUUCUCUACUCAAACUCCUGCAAAGACAGACGUACACCUGCCUGUCUCAUCGGUAUGGGCUCUAUCUCUGCUUUGGAGGAAUCGUCCUCAUGAUCGUGUCCGCCUUUCAGUUCGGGGAGGUAUUGGUGGAGUGGAGCAGGGAUCAGUACCAUGUGCUGUUUGACUCCUACAGAGACAAUGUGGCAGGGAAGUCCUUCCAGAACCGGCUGUGCCUGCCCAUGCCCAUCGAUGUGGUGUACACCUGGGUGAACGGAACAGACACAGACUUGCUGAAGGAGCUACGCGCCGUGAGAGAACAGCUGGAGGAGGAGCAGAGAGCGCUUAGGGAAGUGCUGGGAAAGAAUGCCACUGAUUCCACUGAAGUGCCCAAGAACAGUGAGAAGCCGGAGUGCCUCCUGCCCCACUGCAUCGCGGCCCCCAUACUGGUGCUGGACCCCGCCCUUCCCGCCAACGUCACCCUGAAAGACCUGCCGGCCCUCUCGCCCUCCCUCACCCCCGCCAAGCAGCUGCUGCAGGUGGCCAAGCCCCGCAACCCUGCCACCAGCGUCACCGUCAUCCUGUUCCACUCCCAGAGCGAAGCGGAUAAAGCCCACACAGACAUGUCAAACACCCUGAAGCGCUCCAUCUUGCGAGGUUACCUGACUACAGAUAAGGAGGCUCCAGGCGUGGUGCGCAUGCAGAGCCUAGCCUACCUGAGCGGCUUCCCCCCGUCCUUCAAGGAGACGGAGCAGCUGAGGGUCAAACUUCCCUCUGCAGUCACCAGCAAGAUCAAACAGCUGCAGUUGUACUCGGAGGCCAGCAUCGCCUUGCUCCACCUGAACAGCCCGCAGGACUUUGGGGUUCUGACCCAGCAGGCCCGGAAGAACCUGACCCUAGAUGGCAAGGAGCUCACCAUCAGCCCAGCCUUCCUGCUCUGGGACCUCAGUGCCAUCAGCCAGCCCCGUCAGGACGAGGAUGUUUCGGCGAGCCGAUUCGAGGACAACGAGGAGCUCCGCUAUUCGCUGCGCUCGGUGGAGAGACACGCCCCCUGGGUGCGGCAUGUCUUCAUUGUCACCAACGGGCAGAUCCCGUCCUGGCUCAACCUGGACAACCCCCGCGUCACUGUCAUCACACACCAUGAAAUCUUCCAGAACGAGAGCCACCUCCCCACCUUCAGCUCCCCUGCCAUUGAGACGCACAUCCACCGCAUCCCCGGCCUCUCUCAGAAGUUCAUCUACCUCAACGACGAUGUCAUGUUUGGGAAGGACGUGUGGCCGGACGACUUCUACAGCCACUCCAAGGGCCAGAAGGUGUACCUCACGUGGCCUGUGCCAAAUUGUGCAGAGGGCUGCCCGGGCUCCUGGAUCAAAGAUGGCUACUGUGACAAAGCCUGCAACAACUCUGCCUGCGACUGGGACGGUGGCGACUGCCUGGGAGCAGCAGGGGGCAGCCGAUUUGGGGCGGUAGGCGGAGCAGGAGUCGCUGGAGGGGGCGUCGGCCAGCCCUGGCAGUUUGGGGCUGGUGGCAUAGGGGGCGUGUCCUACUGCAACCAGGGUUGUGCCAACUCCUGGCUGGCAGACAAGUUCUGCGACCAGGCCUGCAACGUGCUGUCCUGCGGGUUCGACGUGGGGGAUUGUGGGAAAGAUCAUUUUGGCCAGCUGUACAAGGUGACCCUGCAGAGGAACCAGACCCAUUACUCUCUCCCCCGCGGGGAGACCCGGCCCUACUUCAGCUUCGCGGGGAUCGCCCGCAGGGUGUCGGACGCCCAGGUCGGCGACAGCCCCGUGGUUCGCCACACGUCAGUGGCCAACAAGUGGAAGAGCAUCCACCUGCUGCUGCACUCCGGCAUGAACGCCACGCAGGUGCGCUACAACCUUACCUUCCAGGGCGACGACGACCGCGAGUUCAGCAUGGGCCUCACCGUCAACGUGGACACUCGCGAGGUCGUCCGCGCCAAUGCCACCCAGGACGGCGCCUCGAGGGAGGCCGAGGGGGACGCCAGGCCCUCUGAGGCGACCCCGGAGCCCGAGGUCUCCUUCAGGGACGUCCCCGAGGAGAAGCGGGGCCCGCGGGUCCAGAAAAGGCCCCCGGGAGCGGUGGAGGCGGCUGUGAAGGUGCCCGCGCUCAACGUCUCUCUGCUCCCGGCCCAAGUUCAGAGCGAGCUGCAGCGGCUGGAGCAGAAGCUACUGGCGGGUGACAUCACCCUCAAGGGCUACAACCUCACCAAGGCCACACUGCUGGAGCCAUACGACACGCCAGAACUGCGUGAGAAGCACAGAGAGGCCCCAGGGCUGCCCCCUGCUGGUACUAAACAGCACUCCCUCUCCCACAAGCCUUACAAAGACCUGGGAGCAGAGGAGACUGGGAAAGGGGAAGCCCAGCAACAACAGGCAUCCCUCAAACCAGGAGGGGUGGGGGGUGGAGAGGUGGGAAAGGUUACACCCUCUCCUGUUCAGGUUCAAAUCAACGAUUGGCCAGUGAAGGACAUGGGGCCAAUCCCUGGGCCCGGCAAGCUCGCCACCAAGAGUCCCUUCCCGCCCAAACUGCUGAGCGCGCUGGUAGGGGGCAGCUCCAAAACCAGGGAUGGAGAGGGAGGGCCCAAGGAGGCUAACGCCCCCCAGGAGGCGGGCGCCGGGCAGAGGGCGGGGAGCCGGGGCCUCCUCAGCUGGAGCCUCCAACACUACACCUCCUUUGACCGUGGCUUCCUCCCCUGGGAAAGGAGAAAGUACUUCCAUGACCUCCUGGAGGAAGAGGAACGGCUGGAGAGGGAGCUAUCGUACCGGUCCAACAGCGCCGCCGCUGGCCGGAGGCUGCACGACACUUUCGCCGACUCCCUGCGCUACGUCAACAAGCUACUGAACGGGCAGUUCGGUUUCACCUCACGCAAAGUCCCCGCCCACAUGCCCCACAUGAUCGACCGGCUCGUUAUGCAGGAACUGCAGGACAUGUUUCCUGCAGAGUUUGAUAAGACAUCCUCCCAUAAGGUGCGCCACUCAGAGGACAUGCAGUUUGCCUUCUCCUACUUCUACUACCUGAUGAGCGCCGUCCAGCAGCUCGACGUCUCCCAGGUGUUCGACGAGAUUGACACCGACCGCUCAGGGGUUCUGUCCGACCGCGAGAUCCGAACGCUGGCCACACGCAUCCACGAGCUGCCCCUCAGUCUGCAGGAUCUGACAGGCCUGGAGCAGAUGCUGAUAAACUGCUCAAAGACUCUGCCCAGCAACGUCACCCACCUGCACGCGGUCAGCCCCACCCAGGAGGCCUACUACGACCCCAGCAUGCCACCCGUCACGAAAGGACUGGUCAUCAACUGCAAGCCCAUCACGGAGCGCAUCCACAAGGCCUUCAGAGACCAGAACAAAUACAAAUUUGAAAUUAUGGGGGAGGAGGAGAUCGCUUUUAAGAUGGUGCGGACCAACGUGUCACACGUGGUGGGGCAGCUGGAUGACAUCAGGAAGAACCCCAGGAAGUUCAUCUGCCUGAAUGACAACAUCGACCACAGCCACAAGGACGCGCCCACGGUGAAGGCGGUGCUGAGGGACUUCUACGAGUCCAUGUUCCCCGUCCCAUCUCAGUUUGAGCUGCCCAGAGAGUACCGCAACCGCUUCCUCCACAUGGGGGAGCUGCAGGAAUGGCGUGUGUACAGAGACAAGCUGAAGUUCUGGACUCACUGUGUGCUGGUGACACUGGUGGUCUUCACCAUCAUCUCCUUCUUUGCAGAACAGCUGAUCCUGCUGAAGCGCAGACUGUUCCCCAGGCGGAGGGUCAGCAAGGAGGCCAACCCUCAGCGAGUCUGAAGGGGAGGGGGCCGCAUCCUCCUCUUCCUCUCUCCUCCUUCCAUCUCCCGCUCCUCCUCCCCCUCCUUCUGGGUGAGUCUGGGUGCAGAACAGAGUGGGAGGCAGGAAAGAGGAGGAAGAGCAGGAAGAAAUCUCCUCAAAGGAACUUGGGACAUGCUUUGGGAGAGAGAAAAGAAACGUAUCACCCGUUGGGAUUGAGUUGGCGCCAGGAUGACUCCAGUGUGGGUAUGAGGCUGGAAACUGGACCCCCCCAAAAUCAGGGGGGGCUCACUCUCUCACACUCCCCUGUCCAGCCUGCACAAUCUGAGCCUGAGUAACAGUGUUUCUCCAGUGGUGCCUCUGAUGUAGGACCUUUGGGCGCUCGGAAACACCAUCUCCUUAUGCUCCACUAGGGGGCGCUCUCUGUGACGCGCCAUUCAUCACCUGCCGCAGCAGGAACUCCACCAUGUGGGAUUUUAAAUGCGGGGGCCAGUAAACCAAGGGAAGAUGAUGUGGUUUCAGUGUGUAUGCAAGCAUGUCUGUGUGUACGUGUGUGUGUACAUACGUGUGUGUGUGUGUCUGUGUGUAUGUGCGUGUGAUCUGGGCCAGGGUUAAUAAAGAAAUAUGAAACCUGAAUGUGCGAGGUGGGGCGAGAGGGAAUAUUUUGCUCGUUGCGCUUAAUUUUUACUCAAGUGCCUUGUUGUGAUGUUUAGUGCAAGUCCCCUGGUACAGGGUGGGGAGUCAUGUCUGCUUUUCCAUGUGGGCCUUGUAAACGUGUCCAGUUAAUAUAGCACACAUGACCUGAAUGGAACCAGAUUGCCAAUGACGGGGACGUGGGAAGGAUUUUUACAUUUUGGUUGUUUCAUACAUCAAUGCCCACCGUUUUUGGAUGACUGUGUCUUUAUGCCUGUGUGGGAUUUUUGCACUGUUAAUGUAUGUGUAAACAUGUCAGAACUUUGAAGCAUGUAACUAGCAAUUUGAUUGUACGGAUCAAUCACAGUAGUGAGGAAUCACUCAGCGAAUACAUCCGAACUAUUUGAAUGCCAUGAAACAUUGAAGUUGAAUGCCAUGAAAUCCAUGAUUAAUGUAUGUCAAAUGAAUUUUCUGUUACAGUUCCUCUCGCUCCUACAGUAGGGCUGCCAAUUUUGCUCUCUCCUGUAAAUUGAAAUCAAUGUAUUUUACUGAAGUCAGUAUAAAGAA